CUUGGGUACCCGCCAGCAUGCCAGCCAAAGGCACCGCGCCGUUCGCGACUUUCCUCAUUGUCGGCCCAACAUGCUUCUUCCUUGGUAUCCUCUUCGCCCUCUUCCCUUAUGACUACCACGUCCUCUGGACCACACCCACAACCUACAAGCACGCCCAAGAUCCCACCGUUGAUCCACGCGACCAAUACUUUGCUUUGCAGGAGAAUCACCUCAAGUUCCUUCACGCCUCUCCGCCGCUGAUCUCGCGCAUCCUCCACAUCGUAAUCGGCACAGGGCUGCUAGGCUUUACCAUGAAGCUCUACAAACCCUCUGAAGCGAACAUGCUGUUCGAUGGUGCCAGUCUGGUGCUGUACAUGUGCGGUAUCACUGUCUACAUCGCGAACAUCGUCAAAGGCCUUAGAACCGUAACAGCGGGUGCGUACGGUGGAGAGACUCCGGAAAGUGGCGCUCAGGUCAUGCAGGCGAUGUGGGAAAACAAGGAGACGGACUAUAUUGGCAGAGAGGAUAGCUUGAGGGUGCUGGCGGCGAGCAACACGAUUCUAGCUUUGGUGCUGGUUGGCAUAUUGAUCUUGCAAGCGGGCCAGUGGUACGCGCAGAGGAAGGAGACGGAAGAGAUUGAGGAGAUGGAUAAGAUAAGGGACGAGAAGAAGGCGGCGAAGGCUGCGGGUAAUGGUGGGAAUAAGAAGAAGCAGUAGUCAUAGCACCUAUGCUGGUAUGCUAACUCUACGAACAUGCUCCUAACGCCAUGCUAUGCAAUUGCUAAAUCACGCCCUAACUCCGACAUCCUUCCUCUGGAUUGUGUAUCCAACCGCAGGCCGGUCUUCGACACCGUCUCGUACUUUCUCCAGCCC